GCCACUCGGUGAUGAUUCCGGAUGCCCCCGUCUAAUACACAAUAAUUAUUGAAGAUGAUAAAGAAUGAGAAGCAAAACGAUGAGAUUUAGGGUAAAAGUUGGUUUUUUAACGAAUCGGAGUUCGUUUCAUGGAGGUGUGCAUUGUUGUUGUUGUUGUUAUCAUCUUCUCGCUUUUCCAAUUAUAGGCGGCCAUGCCGAUCUGUUUUCCGUUGGGGAUCGAAGGGAAAUGGAAUAACAAAAAGAUGAAGCGGCGGAGGCAUCUUCCGUUCCCCGCUGCUACCGAUCGCCGAGGCAGAACGAGGAGGCGCAACUGUUUUGAAGCAUCGACUCGAAGACUUCGUUCGGACGCCGGUGAUGGACCGUGAACAUGAAAAAGCUUGUCAUGAGAAUGGAAAUGCGAGUCUUCAGCAGGGGAAUGCAGAUGCAAAUGUGACUGUGGCUUUAGAUGAGCCUGAUCUUCCCGAGCUACAAGCUGCGCCUAAAAGCUUGGCUCCUUCUUCUAGCACGUCGGAGGACGAUGACUUGUUCCAAAUCGAUGCUGGGACGGGUCAGGGUGUGGUUUUUGCACCGGCAGGAAUACCAUUAUCGUUCGAUGCUACUAGUGCUCCUGGAUCGAUUAAUGUUGGAAUUGCCAGAGGGAAUCAGUGUCCCAUUCCAUUACCAUACGGAUCGGAUGUCCCUGCGCAUAGGAUACCGUCUUCAGUAUUCGCGAGGACGAAAUCCACGACUCCUAUGGAAUGGAGUGUUACCUCUAACGAAUCGUUGUUCAGUAUCCACAUGGGUAAAUCUGGUGAUUUGAGCAGCUUGAACACUAACCAGUUCGAUGGAUAUCCUCCUGUGUCUCCUGAUAUCAAUGCUUCGUCGUUGAAAGACACCACCCAAGUAGGAUCUAAUUUACAACAAACGAUCCAUGCUGAAGCCAUGAAGGAUGGUCCUAAGGCAACUGCAGAGAAGCAUGUCGAAGAGGAUAGACCUCCAACGGUUGAUCGCACUAGUAGCUCUGACAGCGAGAACCAGUUUUCUGAUGGGGGCAGUGUGAAGAGCUACCGUUCCUUUGCGUUUCCAAUUGAUUCUUCUUUUCAGAUUGGCAGGCGAAAGCACGAACGGAUCUUUUAACGGUCGAUCAGCAGGUCGUCCACUGGAGAAAGCACAACUGCAACCACCGGUGCCACAAACACCACCGCAAAGCGCUGAGCCUCCUAGUGUGGAACCCGUUGCACCGAAGAAAUCACGACUACCAUGUUUUUCAUGUUGCUCAUUCUGUCGCUGAAUUAGUGAACCACACCGUCUUUCGAUCCAACUUCGACACUUGCGUGUUUUACUCAAUUCUUUAUCGGACAAACUUCUAAAUUUCUAAAAAAGAAGGCAAUGGCAAUGGAGUUGGGGCCACCAACCUUGAGGCCAUUGAUGUAAUUUUUAGUGAGAAAAACAUUCAUGCCAUGUUUUUUUUUCUAGUUUUAAUGCACAUUUAUGGCAAUUGAAGAUUAAA